AUGUCUACAUUGGUACCCCGUGACAAGCUUGACUUCAAGAAUGGGUCGCCCAAAUUUGAAUACGACGAAUGCUACGUUGGAUUUGAGAAUAAUGACUUUCUCUACAGGCUUGUGAAUACGAAAACACAGGAGUGGGCAUUUUACAACGACAGCACGGAAAACAUUGUAAAGGUGAAGAGUCGUUUUGGUGCUGGUAGCAAAGUUGUGGCUUUGGACCGCACGAUGCUUGUGAAGCUCCCGGCUGCCUCCGAGGCUGAGGGGUCGACGCCAGGGAAUGCAUCUAAGGCGUACGAAUGGGAGGCAUUUUUGGAGGUGGAACCAGGCUCCACCGAGCUGUUUGUGAAGGGCGAAAUCAACAGCUAUAUCAUGGAGUUUUACUCAGAGGCCGCGCCAGCCAAGAACAUCGAGUUUGAGUAUCGCGUGCCCAGUGUGCCCUACGACAAGGUCUACAAGUGCUUCAAAGACAAGGGCAAUGGUCUGUUGUUUCGCCUGGUGGAUGAGAAGCGGAAUACGUGGGCCUUUUACAACGAUACCCGUGAUUACAUCAUGAAGGUAUCGGUGGACUUUCCAAACAAGGAUGAGGCCACGCCGCUUAACGGCACCAAGGUUGCUCAGACCCCCUCUUCCAACGCCAAAGGCAUUGUGUAUGUUCUCGAAAUCGAGCCAGGUCAGACCGAGAUGUUUAUUUCGGGUGCACCCACCUCCUACAAGCUCAGCUUUGCCGCCGAUCCGAUCGCCAACCGAGGGGAGAGUGAUAUCAUAUUCAAAAACGGGAGCCCCGAUCCCGCCAUCGUCCCGCAUCAGUCGCAUGUCUUUCGGUGCUUUAAAGAUCAUGACAAUGGGCUUCUCUUCCGAAUUGUCGACGAUGUUAACAAGAUCUGGGCCUUUUACAACGACACCACGGAUUUCAUGAUGACGGUGAACUCCCGUAUUCCCUCCUGUGAGGAGAUUCAGGUGGCGCCCGGGGUGGAUGUCACGCAUGACGACGCGGAAGGAGUGGUGCUCUUGUCGGUUCAGGUGAACCCGCUCACCACGGUGCCCUUUUUCGUCGGGGAUCCGAAGGGUAUCGAGACGACCUUCUCCGCCACCCCCACUCGCGAUGCGGAGGCGAUUGAGAACCCGCAAUACGAGAACGGCUCGCCGGACCUGAGCGUCAUCCAGCCGGAUGUGGUGCACAAGUGUUUUAAAGAGUACGGCAAUGGGCUGCUGUUCAGGCUGAAGGAUACCGUGAACCGUCGUUGGGGCUUUUAUAAUGAUACUACGGACAAUAUCAUGACGGUUAAGGUUGCGAUGACCGAAGUCGGAAAUGUGCAGCCGUUGGGAAAUACGAGAGUGGUGGAAGAUCCGGAGAUGGGAGAGAUAUACAUGCUUGAAGUGCACCCAUUAAGAACAGAGCUGUUUAUCGAAGGAGAUGUUUAUGGUUUCACGUCUCGCUUUACGGCGGUCAGAAUUCCCACACCUGCACGCGGUGGUUAG